AUGAUUAUUGAUAUUCAUUUAGAAGUCUUAGAUGAAUGUCAAAAGGGCAACCUUCAUUCGAGAAAGGAGGACUUUUUUGCCAUUUUGGUUCAAGAAUUUAUGGGAAGUGAAUUCAUAAAAGGAGAAUAUGUUACUGAGGAAGAUGUUUCUAAGGAACAGGUUCGAUGUUCAGAUUCCGGGUUUAGGGAGGAAGACUUCGUUCCUAAGGAAUAUUGUUCUAAGGAACAGGUUCCAAGUUCAGAUUCCGGGUUUAGGCAGGAAGACUUUCUUCCUAAGGAGGAUGUUCCUAAGAAACAGUUUACUGGGGAAGAGGUUCCAAGUUCAGAUUCCGGAUAUAGGGAGGAAAAUUUUGUUCCUAAGGAUGAAUUUCCUAUGGUUGAUGUUCCUAAGGAAGAGGUUCAAUGUUCAGGGUUCCGGGUUUAG